AUGGGCGGCUACUUAUCGACAUUCACAAAGCUGAUAUGGGCGAAGAAGGAGAUACGGAUAUUGAUUCUGGGGCUGGAUAACGCUGGAAAGACGACGUUGCUAUACAGAUUAAAGAUCGGAGAAGUAGUCACAACGAUACCAACAAUAGGCUUCAACGUCGAAUCGGUAACAUACAAGAACCUCAAUUUCAACGUCUGGGACCUCGGAGGCCAAACCUCGAUCCGCCCUUACUGGCGCUGCUACUACGCCAACACCGCCGCUGUAAUAUUCGUCAUCGACAGCACCGAUAUCGAGCGCCUGACCACCGCAAGCGAAGAACUCCGCGCAAUGCUCAACGAAGAAGAACUCCGCGACGCUGCGCUCCUCGUCUUUGCCAACAAGCAGGAUCAACCGGGCGCGAAAGGCGCAGGCGAGAUCAGCGAGGCGCUCAAACUGGGGGAGCUGAAAGACCGGAAUUGGAGUAUCGUCGCGUGUAGUGCUGUGGAUGGGAGAGGUGUGCAGGAGGGUAUGGAUUGGCUGGUCAGUAAUGUUGGGGAUGGGCAGAACUGA